AUGCUUAUCCACCGUCCCGCAUUGACCUUUGGUCAACAAGAACCACAAUUCGCCGAUAGUCUGCGCGCUUGCAAGGAAGCAACGACACACCUCAUCCUAGCAUUCGAAUUAGCCUCAGAUGCGUCAUUCGUACCCGGCAUAUGGCCAUCUGGUCACCAUCUCAUUUUCCAGAGUGGACUGAUGCUUCUCUACGACCGGUGGUUUCAAAAUCCAAUCCAGUCGCCUGGUAUUUCAUCAGAACCAGAUACCCUCCCCAAAUUCAUUCAUAUCGCCAUUACUCUUCUGUCGAGAUCAGCUGCGUACCUGGACGAAAGAGUAGGUUCUGGGAGACCAAGGUCGCCCUCUACGACAGACACUAUAGAAUCCCUUCGCCAGACAUCGUCCUAUCUUCACUAUCUUUCUCAGUGGAGACCGCAUGGAAAGCCCAAUACCUCAGGCUACUCCAACAAUCGCCGACAAUCAUUCAUUAGCUGGACCUCGGCAACCGACACCACUUCCAGACUACUCUUCCUCCCUAUGGGCGCCAUUGUCUAUCGAGGAGAUCAAUCAAAUGAAGAUAUUCGAGCUUACUGA